AUGGGGUCCACAGUAACAACGUUGAUAGCACUGCCUAUCUUAGCCAUCAUCUCCAUUCCCCUCAUUCUGUCGGCAUGUGUGACAAUCUCCAUCGCCCUUUUUGCCCUCAUACUGAGAAUUUCGGUGAUCUAUGUGGAGCUCGUCUACGGCAUAUUGGUGCAUUCCUUGUCGAUUCCAACUUCGCCCACAUCCUCACUACUGACCUUCGUGGCCUCGGAGCCUCCAACGCCCGUCAGUGGUAGAUCUAGACGAAAUUCCAAUCAUGGAGCACAACGCAAGCACGACUCAACAUCUUCUUGGACUCUGGGAUCUACCGUUGAUGACUACCGUAAAAAGAGCUCAUAUGCUCAGAGCAUGAUUGAGGCCCACCUAUCUCCACCAACUCAUCACGGCUUCCCUAUCAGUGGUGAUGAACGACGAGACUUCGAGGGUGUGGGCGGCUGGCGCUCCUACCCAUGCAAGCCACGCAGCUCACAUGAAAAGACCACUUGGACCUCGUCUUCGUCCAGCAUCAGCGAUGUAGAUCCGACUGUUGACGCCGAUGAGCGUGCCUGGCUUUCUCUUAACAAUCGACUCGAGCUCCCUUCGCAACUGAUCACACUUAGCGCCAGCACGUACGCCGGGAGUACUUUAAACAGUCCGCUGUGUGAAAAUGACUCCCGCAAUUGUCGUAAUUUCCAAUCUCUACUUGGGGCAGCAGACCUAGCGUCCAAUGGGUUUGGAUCUCGACACCACCACCGCUCACUCACAACAUCUUCAUUGACAACGUCUGAUCGACGUACUGGGACGGGCCUUUCUCUCGCUCUAUCCGCUAGACCCGACAACCCGUCCAAUUCGAACGAGCAUAUCGGCAUGUCAUCGUCAACGCCACGCCUCCCACUCCCUUUCAUGACACCCCAACCUUUUGCUCCGACUCGUUCUCAGCCGCGAGCUGCGCGCGGCUCCCAGAACGGAGCACCUUUCUCUGGCUCCUAUCUUUCCAGUUCUGGGGAGCUAGGUCACAGCUUUGGGAGCAACAGUAGUGGGAGUUUUGAUCGGGGCGGUGGUUACUUCUCGUUGAGAAGACCCAAAUCAUCGGGUAGCCAUGGUUCCGGGAUGAUCAGUCCCAUUGCGAGUGGGUAUACGACACCUGGGGUUGGCGUGUCGACAGAUGAGCGGGAUGCGGCCUCUUUGGGUUCGGCGCGUUUGAUGGCGCAUUAUCCUACUAGCCCUCGACAUCGCAGGCAGAGUGUUUCUGGGCCUGCGAGGGGCGCGGCUGGUGAGCGUUUGGGGUGA